CAGCACUGCGUAUAUACUUAUCCAUAACGACACGAUUCCUCUUAAAAUAAGUACGUUUAAAUAGUGACUGGAGUUCAAAUUAAAAAAAAAAAUAACAUUUUUAGUGAUUUUAAAAACUGCUGAACAAAAUACGAUGUCGCAACUGAUGGACGCGAUAGUAAUAGGCUGUGGAGCCUCAGGAGUGGCGGCAUUGAGGAGGCUACAUGAGGCUGGUAUGAAGGUCCUAGGCUUGGAAGCGGCAGACAGGAUCGGAGGGCGAAUCUGUACUGUGGAGUUUGGUGACGCUGCUGUAGAUAUUGGCGCAGCCUGGUGUCAUGGAGAAAAAGACAAUGCCGUCUUCGAAUUGGCCAAUCCACUAGGGCUUCUUGGAAAACCCGGGCCGGUGGAAUUCGUAUAUAUUCUGUCCAAUGGUGAAGUGAUUAAAGAUGGAGGUAAAAUAACUGAUGUUCUGGACAAGGUCAUUGCCAAUGCUGAGAAGAAUAAUGCCAAGUCUAUUUCUGAGACUUUACGGAGCGCGGCGAAAACCAACGACACUCUUACAAAGGACCCUCAACUGACCAACUCCAUCAUCGAAUGGUUUGAACGCAACAAUCAUGUCGGGGGUCAGACUGACCCGAGGAAGGGCAAAUCACUCAGGGGUUUAGCGGAGUUCUGGAAUAGUGAGGGCGAGUUCUGGCUCCAUUGGAAGGGGAGAGGGUACAAGACCAUUCUAGACGUCCUAUUGAACAAAUAUCCAGACCCGAGCAAGGAAAUUCCAAUCCAGAUUCUUCUGAACAAGAAAGUAGAGAGUAUCAAGUGGGGGACCACAUCAGAAGAGCAGACUAACCCCCUGGUGCAGGUCAAAUGUAAAGAUGGCAGCUUGUUCGCCGCGAGGAGUGUCAUUGUCACUGUAUCUGUUGGAGUGCUGAAGGAGAGACACGCUCAGCUCUUUAACCCGCCCUUACCAGCAGAGAAAGUGACCACAAUCAACACUCUUCAGUUCUGCGUUUUGGACAAAAUCUACAUCGAGUUUGAACAACCUUGGUGGAAGAAUGCUAUCAGCUUCUCUAUCCUUUGGCGGGAAGAAGACAAAGCUAGAUUCCCAGAAAACGAGAAGUGGAUCACGGAAAUAUAUGGCUUUCAGACCGUGGAUUGGCAGAAGAAUGUACUUCUAGCGUGGAUUUAUGGAUACGGAGCAGAACAAAUGGAGAAAGUAAGCUUAGAAGGUGUAAAGGCUGGAGUGAAGAAGCUGAUGGAUUCAGCACUUAAGAACUACAAUGUGACCCCUGUGAAGAACAUCAUAAGAUCCCAAUGGGCAUCGAAUCCGUUAGCUCGCGGCGCGUACGCAUACCGUAGCGUGGCGACAGAACAAGAUGGCGGCAGCGCGGUCAUAUUGAGCAAGCCGUUAUACCACGGGGACAUUCCAGUCGUGUGCUUCGCCGGCGAGGCGACGUCUCAUCACAGACACACUGCUGUGCAUGGUGCUGUUGAAGCCGGUUUUAGGGAAGCUGAUAGGAUUAUUGAGUGUUUCAAACGUAAGUGAAUGGUUUGUGAAUGGGGUCUGCCGGGCAAGACUAUCGUGCGACCGUCGACUGUCGUCUUGUACCUACAGCGUUUACUACGUGAAGAUAAAAACUGCCUAUUUCUCCCAUCAGUUGUCGCUCCUGUUGAGUGUUCUUAAAUUUUGACAGUUCCCCAUACUAUUUCACCCAGCGUUUAACUGCAAAAAUAUAGUGUUAUAUCUGAAUAGAUAUUCAACUUAUUUUCAAUCAAAACUACCUUUUUCCAACUGGCAGAUUUUCUUUUCCGUCACUCCACAUUGCUCUACAUUGUAUAGCAAUUUAUCAGAAAUUUUAGCCGGACAGUAUGGAGAACUGUCGAAAUUAAGGAACACUCAACAGUGCUGCCGCCUACGUUCAUUUUUGGGCUUCCAGUUUUUAUCCUCGAUGGUCGAAGUCAAAACCGGCAAUAUUUCUCACGUCGUCAUCUAAAAAGGCUAAAUCGCAGCCAUUCAUUCAUCAGAAUUUGACAUUUGUUGCGCAAGUGUGCAAUGUCAACUAAAUUUCAUUACUUACUUGUAAAUUAUUAAAUUAUGUUCAAUAAAAUAUUAUAAACUAAAUUGCUUCAACGUGUUAAACGAAAACAAUUUUUAUACUUAUAUACAUUUAAGAUACAAAAAUAAAGACAGAAAUACCUACCUGAUCAA